AUGGCCAGAGAAACUCCCAAGGCGGCACUCGAUGACAGCAACGAGAAGCCUCUUCCCGAGCCCAACAACCGACCCGGUACCUCCGGCACGGAGGCUCUUCUGGUGACCAACCGGCGCCGGGCCUCGGAGAAGUACCAGCAGGCGCAACGCGCCGAGCGAACCUACAAGGCGAAGAAGCGCUCUGCUGCGGCACGAGCCAACUAUGUCGAGGCCAAGACGCACUUCAAAGAGUCGGCGCGCCACUUCAAGGCCGGCAUGAGCAUGACCCUCUCCGUGGUCAAAUGUGUCCCGUACAUGUUCUCCGAGAAGAGCGCGGAGAGGAAACGCAUCGCCGACGAGAAGAAACGAAAGCGGGCGAUGGAGAAGAAGAAGAAGUGGGAGGAGGCCCUGGCAAAGGAGGCUGCCGAUGCUGAGGGCGAAGAGCGCAAGAAAUCCGAGGAUGGUGAGGCAGCCAACUAG